CACGCUUCGUCAUCCAACAUCAUUUCGAAUAAAUUUCGUAUAAGUGUUUACACACCUCUACAAAUUGACACAUAUAUCAUAAACGUUACGGGACUAUAAUACACAACUCUUUGCAAUUUUAAUCCCCCUCAAAAAAAAAAAACAUCUAGUAUAUUACAAUGGUUCGUCACAAGAAAGACAAAUUUUCAUCUCGAGGUGGGAAAGGUCACGGAAACGCUCGGCCUCGGCCGCGCACAACCGAAGAUGAUUCAGAACAAGGAUCAGCAUCUUCCAAGCCGGCUUUUAAAGCUGCUUGUUGGGAUUUAAACCAUUGCGAUCCGAAGCGAUGCUCGGGCAAGAAGCUAAUACGACUUGGUCUCAUGCGCGACUUACAUCUAGGUCAAAAACAUAAUGGCGUUAUCAUCACACCCAACGGGAAGCACAAGCUCUCUCCCGCUGAUAGAGAGCUUAUGGAUCAGUACGGUGCCGCGGUGGUUGAGUGCUCCUGGGCGCGAACAAAUGAAGUCCAAUGGAACAAGGUUGGCGGCAAAUGCGAGCGUCUGCUGCCGUAUCUCGUUGCCGCAAAUACUGUCAAUUACGGAAAACCUCUACGGCUGAAUUGUGUCGAAGCUCUGGCUGCUGCGUUCUACAUAUGCGGUCAUUCGGACUGGGCGGAGGAAGUUUUGCGACCGUUCAACUACGGCGAAUCAUUUCUAUCUAUCAACUCGAAGCUGUUGAAGAAAUAUGCGGCUUGCGCAAACGAGGACGACAUUGUGAAGACGGAAAAGGAAUGGAUGGAGCGAUUGGAGCGCGAGCACGCCGAAAGUAGAGAAAAUGCCGACGACGACGAUUUAUGGAAAGGUGGAAAUGUUAAUAGGAGGGUUAUUAUCGACUCGGACGACUCGGAUGAUGACGAAUCGGAUGAAGACGAAGAAGACGAAGAUGGAGAUAACGAUAGUACCGACGGGAUUUAUUUGGGUAAGAAGCCAGCUCAAUGGCCAAAACUAGGGGAAAACGCAGAAGAUAAGCAAGAUGGCGGGACCAGCAAGGAUCCAUUCGAUAUUUCAGACGAUACCGAUGACGAUGCCGAAAUGGAGGAAAUUCGACGCAAGGUGCUCGCAUCAAAACCGUUUGCCAAUUCAGAGGGUAUAGACCGAAAGCCGAAACCACACGCCGUUCCUCCUCCGCGCCAGCCUCAAAGAUACAAAGUAGACUCCGACGCAGAACCGGACUCGGAUAACGGAUCGGACGAUGAAGGUAACGACGCUUUUGACAACAUUAUUGACGCCACGCCCGUCACGGAUAGGGUUGGGUUGGCAAAACUCGAAAAGGAGAGGUCGAGAGCAAAUAUUAUGAGUCGGACGUUUUCGUCAGGCACUGCGGAAGCACCGAAGAGGUGGUGAUCAGAUAACAGAUAUUCUACGAAGUGCCUCUGGUUAUACUAUCGCUGAGAUAUUAUGCUCUUCGGCCUUUAUCGUGCUCCGAGAGCCUUCUGUUCCAAUGCAUUCCUGGUAGCUGCGUAGGUCUUAGUAUCUUAGCGUAGGAGAAGCUGUACGUGCAAUACCGUUUUGAACACUACUGCAACUUAUGGAUACCAUGCACCGAGGUAAGUUAGGCACGUAGUUGAGUAUAAAUGAGGUAAGUUUCUUUUCUGCAUAUCUCCUGGUCUACGGGUAUUGUUUUACUGGGUAUUUAUACGCCAUGUACUCCUUUCUAGGGACUUAAGAUAUGUAUGAUCUUAAGUGAUCAGGACUUUCUCCUUCAGUGUACACACACAUAUUCGACCACCAAUUGCAUUACUCUUUCCAAG